AUGUUCCCCCGCCCGCUGACCCCGCUGGCGGCCCCAAAUGGCGCCGAGCCCCUGGGCCGGGCGCUGAGGCGGGCGCCGCUAGGCAGGGCCCGGGCCGGGAUCGGGGGGCCGCCGCUUCUCCUGCCGUCCAUGCUGAUGUUCGCAGUGAUCGUGGCCUCCAGCGGGCUUCUGCUCAUGAUCGAGCGGGGUAUCCUGGCUGAGAUGAAGCCCCUUCCUCUGCACCCUCCCAGUCGUGAGGCCGCGGCCUGGCGCGGGGCAGCUCCUGCUCCUGGGGGGCUGACCAUGGACAUUGGGGACUCGGAUUUGCAGGUGCGGCAGGAUGUCCGGAACCGGACCUUGCGGGCUGUGUGCGGACAGCCGGGCAUGCCCCGGGACCCCUGGGACCUGCCUGUGGGGCAGCGGCGCACCCUGCUGCGCCACAUCCUUGUCAGUGACCGCUACCGCUUCCUCUACUGCUACGUCCCCAAGGUGGCUUGCUCCAACUGGAAGCGGGUGCUGAAGGUGCUGGCGGGUGUCCUGGACAGCGUGGAUGUCCGCCUCAAGAUGGACCACCGCAAUGAUCUGGUGUUCCUGGCUGACCUAAGGCCAGAGGAAAUUCGCUACCGCCUUCAGCACUACUUCAAGUUCCUGUUUGUACGGGACCCUCUGGAACGCCUUCUCUCUGCUUACCGCAACAAGUUUGGUGAGAUCAGAGAGUACCAGCAGCGCUAUGGGGCUGAGAUUGUGAAGCGGUACCGGGCCAGUGCUGGUCCUAGCCCUGCAGGAGACGAUGUCACUUUCCCAGAAUUCCUGCGAUACUUAGUGGAUGAGGACCCUGAGCGCAUGAACGAGCACUGGAUGCCUGUGUACCACCUGUGCCAGCCUUGUGCUGUACAUUAUGAUUUUGUGGGCUCCUAUGAGAGGCUGGAGGCUGACGCCAACCAAGUGCUGGAAUGGGUGCGGGCACCAUCCCAUGUUCGUUUCCCCACUCGCCAAGCCUGGUAUCGUCCUGCCAGCCCUGAAAGCCUGCAUUACCACCUCUGCAGUACCCCUCGGGCUCUGCUGCAGGAUGUGCUGCCCAAGUACAUCCUGGACUUCUCCCUCUUUGCCUACCCACUGCCUAAUGUCACCCAGGAGGCUUGUCACCAGUGA